AUGCAUGCUACAAGAAAGCUUGUAUUUCCGUCUGGUCCAAUAGAUGUAACUGGCACCUUUCAGGUCGAGUCUGAAGCCAUCUCUAAUGCCGGACGCUUCCUCUUUUGUGCUAUUCCUCAUCUUGAAAUCCAUGCUGAACACAUGGAAUUCGAUGCUUUACUUCCUCAUUCUAAGUCCAUGUGGACCUCCCACAAAGGAACGUCAGCCAGAAAAAGGUUCAGGUGGAAAGACUUUCAAACUACGCAUCCACGGGGGAAGAAAGCUUCUUUUCAGCCUUGUUCUCUGUUUCGUGGUCAAAGUUCGGAGCUGCGGAAAUCUUGCCUCCUGUUCAUAGGGAAGAUCUUUGUGUGCUGGUAUCAACCGAGAAAGAAAAUAUUGAGCUCCCCUAUUUGGUUUAGCAACAGGAACUAUUUAGCAAGAAAACCGCUUAGCUGCAGGGGUGGACCUAGGCCCCGAACGGGCCCCCUAUUCGUAUUAAGACAAGAACUGCAAUCACCGACCUAUCCCUAG